UUUUAAUUUUUCUGUAUAUGUAAAGAUAUUCCAUUUAUGCCACCGCUGCGCAAUCGAAAUGGAACCGGGAGUAGCGAAGCGAAAAGAAAAUAAGUAUGACAGAGUAAAUGGUAGAAGAUGGUGUACACAUAACGACAAACAACGGGGAUUUGUAAGCACUACUUGUUCAGUGGAACUCGAGUUAGCCUUGAGAAUGGGCUAUCGCGCAACAAAAGUUUUUAGCAUUUAUCACUGGGAUGAGUGGUCUGAUACGUUACUACGCCCAUACGUUCAAGACAUGAUGCGCUUAAAAAUUGAGGUUUAA